GGUGUUAGUGUGGAAGCCAUGAGUGAGAAUAAAAUGGUGUCAUCUGAGUUUAGCACAGCACCUAUGGAAAAAGCUGCCAAAACUUUGCCAUUUAAGGACCCCAACUUUGUGCAUUCUGGCCAUGGUGGCGCAGUAGCUGGCAAGAAGAACAGAACCUGGAAGAACCUGAAACAAAUUCUCGCUGCUGAAAGGGCAUUGCCGUGGCAACUGAACGAUCCUAACUACUUCAGUAUUGAUGCUCCUCCAUCCUUUAAACCAGCGAAGAAGUAUUCUGAUGUUUCGGGUCUUCUUGCCAACUACACAGAUCCCCAGAGCAAGCUACGGUUCAGCAGCAUUGAAGAAUUUUCCUAUAUUCGGAGGCUGCCAUCAGAUGUUGUCACUGGCUAUCUGGCUCUAAGGAAGGCCACAAGCAUCGUUCCCUGAGCCUGAGAAAUGGACAUGAAGUAGGAACUGUUUCAAAAGCAGACUCCAAAGUCUGAUUUUGUUUCACGGAAACAAACUCAUUCUGCUGUCAAUCUGAAAAUGUCAGUUCUGUGCCUUGGAAAGAAUGUUUGGCUUAUUUUAAGGGCUUUUUUUUCCCCCCUAUGUUUUCUCUUCUAGUGUGAUAUUUCCUGUUGAAUUAAAUUAUACUUCAGUUGUUGCCUCAAGUAAAAUUGCUUGACAAGAAAACACAAUAAAAUUGUGCUGUCAGUUUAGCCCAAGUAAGUCCCGAAUUUUGUUU